AACCUCUUCCUCCCUUCUCCUCGCUCACUCGACACCCCCUCAUCGUUGGCUCAUUUGCAACUCUGCCACAAUCAACCGAUGCCACUGCCGCAGGCUCUCUCUCUCUCUCCCGCCUCGUUCUUCCGUUUCUGCAUGAGCUCAUCGAGUUUACAGUAUCUUGUCCUUUAUUGCUCCAACGCCCCCUGGCGCGCCCCUGCGAGCCACCAGCUUCUCUUAAGACAAGAUCGCGGAUAGUCAGUCGCAUAUCCCGCUUUCGCGGCCCCAGUCCCCUUCUCGCCCGUCCCACUGUCUCCAUCUUGGCCAUCCUUCUCUACGAACAACAUCCACGACUCCGCCUGGUCGCCAGACACCGCAAUCAAAUACAUAUCUUUCAACAGAGCCGCCCUCAUCUCCCGAGCAACUGUAUCUGCCUCCCCCUGUUGCACUGUCUAGCCGUCCGUUGCGCUGUACCAAUAGCCUACAGAGACAGCGCCCCUGAAUACGCUGGUCAAAAGGCACGGCCAACCCAACCUUUCAACCUGCUGAAUCGCCGUUCUCCUGGGAGCACGUAUUUUUGCGGCUUCUCCCUAUCCUGCCAUCGACCACACCUCUCUUCGCGGGAGCAGCCAUUUCAUCUGAAAUCGCGUUGCCUUUACCAGACGGCCUCGUGACUCUUGGAACUAAGGCUUCGUGGCAGACUCUGUCUCGCAGCCUGAUCGCGCUCCAGCCUCCACCCCCGCCUUCGCCCCCUCCAGCCUGUCGCUUCCAGCUUGGUCAUCGCAUGCCAGAACAUGAAAGAGUCUGGCGCCUUUUGACUUUUGGGAGCAAAUCGAUCUCAGCUUUGGCGCCUCGUCGUCUGACCAGCACCAAGAAAGGCCAACUCUUUCGAUAGGCCUUGAACCGAACCCUUCCAACCCGGCUUACGUCCGUCCUGUCGUCGCCAUGGCUUCGACUUACGCCGUGCCCCCUGCCUCGCUCCACGAUGGACAAGCGGGCGAACCCCACAAUCCCUCGCCGCCAAACGGCAAUCAGCGACUGCCUGUCACCUCCUUUGGCCCGAACCAUCUCUCGCCCUCGUCGCAGUUCCAGAGUAGCUCGGUUUCGCCCUCCUUUGGCGAAACACCAGCAGAGUCUAUCUCCAACUUCAGUCAGUACCAGCCGAGCGAUUACAGUGACAUCGACGAUGGGCUCGACCCUUUCUUUGGCGUCAGCUUUAGCACGACGGAGCCUGGCACGCCCUCCUUCCUGGACCCUGCAAACCGUACCGAUAGCUUCGGCCAGUCCACCGUCUCGCAAGCUUUUAACGGCUCCCAAGUGCGUAGCAGAAAGCUGGACGCCAACGCCUAUCCGUUGACCCCUGACCAAGCCUCGCUUCACACCACUUCGCCGGGUCGCGACAGGAGAACGGCUGCCAAGUCUGUACCUGACGGAAUGCCUACUUCCGUUUCGCCUCAGGAACUCCAGAAGCCUUUCCAGCCGCAUCCCAUCUCCACCUUCGCCGUACAAUCCGCUCCCCAGCUGACACCAAACACCAGCGGGAGCGGCCGUUCGAGCGAAGACAAUGCUGUGCCAUCUCCCGCAAUGGUGGCCGCCCAGAGCCCGCGUGUGACUGUGUCCAUGUGGGGCAGGGAUGCCGCAGAGCCCGUACAGUCGAUCGAGCGCACCUUCACGCCUGACGACGAGAACUCAUCUCCGGCAUACGGUGACAUCAGCUCCGCGGGUGACUUGAUUUCUUCUCAGGAACCAGCUGUCGCCAUGCCAUCACCGCGACGCUCGUCGUUCGCCCGGCAAGGUCUAGACCCGGGUAACAGGCCGGCUAACGAGAUAGCCAGUGUGAACGAAAUGGUGACUCGCCGUGAGAUCGAGGAGAAGAACCAGGAAGUUGAUCAGUGGCUGUCUCGCAGCUUGCACGGUGCCCCCGUCGCAGUGCCGCCGCACCAAGAUACAAACCUGCACACCAGCCCUGAGGCGAUGGCUGAUGACGAGCACAUCCGUCUCGGCGACCGAACCGAGAAUCGCUACCAACCUGGUCAGACUUAUUUCACUGCCCGCGGUGGCGAGAUGACGGCGACUGAUUUACACAUUAUGCGCUCCAACCGUGUGUGGGGUGAUUCGCCAAUGGUACACCCGAUCAGUGGACCAGAUGCAGAGAGAUAUCAGCCCGAGUCUUCGCAAGCAGCGAUUGCUCGAUUCAGACAAAUGUGCGACAACGAAUCCAUCGUCUCCAAGGCGGCCACAUGGGGCACGCGUAGACGUAGCCUACCCAGUGUCAUCGACAUGGACAUGGAAAACGUCACCAGUGGAAACCUGUUGAAGAAGCUGUCCAUCAGUCGAGGCGAGGGAGGGCGCCGGCCAAGCAUCCUCAAGGAUUUGCGUGGUCUUGUCCGCAGGCCGAGUGCCCACCGACUAAAGCGGUCCAUCAGCACUCAUGGAGAGGAGAAUGUCAAGUCGGAACCCCCGCCCCCCGAGAAACGCGAGAGCCUGCCUCACCUUCUGCCUACUGCUCGCACAGGCAGUUGGAGCAAACCGAAGACACAGACGCCUAGUAUCAACACGGCGCUCGUUUCAAUGGGCAACAGAGUGGCUUCGAUCGGAACCACUCAUGCCCGCAACAGCUCGAUCGGCGGCACAACAGUCACAUCACCCAAAAGCCCCUUGAGCCCAUUUGCCAGCCUUCAGGUUAAGAACACCCUUCGAAGGCCCAGAAGCAAGUCGGACCUGCCAAAAAGCAGCGGGGCUGAAACGCACUCGAGCCUCGUUGGCAUGUGGAGGAAGACUGGCGGCCCUCCCGUUGCCGUCCUCGCGAAAGGAAACUCAACAAAUGUUGAUCUAGACGACGAGGACGACGAAGAGGAUGAACUCUACGAGGAUGGUGACUUGAACGCCGAGUCCAGCAAGCUGAUUGAAGGCGUUUCUCCGAACUUCGCGGGUUUCCAGCAGCAUGUGCUCCGCCUGAACCCGGACUUGGCGACCACCAACAACUACUUGGUUGACCGCAUCGCCCACCAGCAGGUUGUUCGAUACAAGAGUCUUCUCAACGCCAAGGUGAAGCACCUCGGACUUGGCCAAGCGUGCUCUUGCGGGACCUUCUGUUCGGCGCGAGGCGGCCGUCCCGUGCUGCUCGACCACAGAGGAGACGUGCGAGACCUCGACCCACUGUCCACCGGGUUUGAUUCCGGUGACGGCGAUUCGACUCCCGUCGAGGGUGCCAUUACUAAAGAGAGCUUCCCUCGAGACAUACCGAUGCCGCCUACACAGUCCCUCCCGGCCGAAUUCGAGUGCCAGCUUUGCUUCACCUUGAAGAAACCCAAAAAGCCUUCGGACUGGACAAAGCAUGUCCACGAAGAUGUGCAACCUUUCACCUGCACUUGGGAUAGAUGCCGCGAGCCCAAGAUAUUCAAGCGCAAAGCCGACUGGGUGCGCCACGAGAAUGAAGGCCACCGCCACCUCGAGUGGUGGACAUGCGACGUCGAGGACUGCCGGCACACGUGCUACCGCCGAGACAACUUUUUGCAACAUCUCGUGCGUGAGCACAAAUUCAUAGAGCCCAAGAACAAGACCAAAGCUGCCAUCAAGCGAGCCGGCGCAGUCGAUCCGACGUGGCAGAGGGUUGAACAGUGCCGUCACGAAACAUCUAAAAAGCCGCAGGAAGAGCCUUGCCGAUUCUGUGGCAAGCAGUUCCCAACGUGGAAGAAGUUGACCGUUCACUUGGCCAAGCACAUGGAACAUUUGAGCCUGCCCAUUCUUCGGCUAGUUGCAGCCAAAGAGCUGGAACCAGAUACCAUAAUCAGUCCCGUGCAGGACCCUCCGCCAAGGGCCCCCUUCAGCGCACUAGAACCCUUGGAUGAAUCAACCAUCAAGAGUGAACCCUCCCAGAUGCGCAUUUUCACACACCCAUCAUCAUAUCAACCUCCGGUCAUGAUGCCCAGCAGCAACGGAGCGUAUCAGGACGGAAACCAGUUUGGAUAUGCAGGUGUCGCGAGCAACCCGCCGUUCCAGGACUACAUGUAUACUUCGCAGUUUCCGAACAACGGCCAGCCCAUGGCCCAGAACAUGAUGGGCGUGUUGCCCGUCGACGGAGGAGCUCGGGGAUUCACCCAGCAAUAUCACAACGUUAACGACAUGGGAAUGCCUGGCGCAUCGUACAUGGGAACCCAACAACAGUACAUGUCGGUGGCACAAGAUACCGAACCAUUUCCCGCAUUGGACCACAACGCUCUGGGGCUGCACCAGCCCAAUCCAAUGGGCGUAUCGAUGGGAUAUGAUGGGCUUGUGGAACCAGGCGCCGUCAAUGAGCAUCAGUACACCUCUCAGGGGUCGAUAUCGCCCUACUCACAUUCGCCCCUUCAAAGGGGUUCGGGUUUCUACCCGCCUCCUCAGUAAG